GGGUGGGGCGGCGCCUGCGCAGCGCGGUGCGGGCGGCAAGAUGGCGGACAAAGAGAAAAAGAAGAAAGAAAGCAUCUUGGACCUGUCUAAGUACAUUGACAAGACCAUCCGAGUGAAGUUCCAGGGUGGCCGGGAAGCCAGCGGGAUCCUGAAAGGGUUUGACCCACUGCUCAACCUGGUGCUGGACGGAACCAUUGAGUACAUGCGAGACCCUGAUGACCAGUACAAGUUGACGGAGGACACUCGGCAGCUGGGGCUUGUGGUGUGCCGUGGCACGUCAGUGGUGCUCAUCUGCCCCCAGGAUGGCAUGGAAGCUAUCCCCAACCCCUUUGUGCAGCAGCAAGAUGCCUAGAUGGAAAGCUUCCUGGGCCCAAGGACUCCCUUCCUGUGUGAACUUGUGUUUGGUGUUUUUGUUUCUGGUUUUUUGUUUUUUAAUAAAAUUGCCCACUUGAGCACCCAGGUGUCCUCCCCUA